ACGGGGGCGGAGCCAGGCGGGCACGAGGCGGCGGCAUGGAGGGGCCACCCCCCCGGUUCCGCUGUCCCCCCGAGUUCGAGGCCGCGCCCGGGGGGGUCCCCAUGGGGGGUCCCCAAGCGGAGCUGUGGCUGAUCCGCGCCCCGAUGGACUUCUGUCCCCAAAGCCUCGAGGGCUGCCCGGUGCCCCUGAGCGGCCUCGGGCGGCUCCGUGCCGGUGGUGACAACGCCGGUGACAACGGUGACACCGAGGCCACCUACGUGCUGCGGGCCGGGCCGGGGGGGCGCUGUCCCCUGCUGCUGUCCCCAGUGUCCCCGGGGGGGUCCCUGCGCUGCGCCCCCCCCCUGCGGGGGUCCCUGAGCAUCACCCGCGGCUUGGGGACAGCGCCGGUGGCGCUUGGGGACACCGCGGGGACAGCGGAGGGGCCGGGACCCCCCCCCGAGGGGACGAAGAGGAGGAAGAAGAGGAAGAAGGAGAAGAGGGAGGGGCAGGAGUGACCCCCCCCCCCACCCCGGUGUCACCUGCGGUGUCACUUUUGUCACCGUUAAA